GAAUCGAGACAAUGGCUUUCAUUGUUAGUACGUGGAGAUAGCUGAUUGGAUGGAUCAUUUGAAAGAUUAUCCAAUUUUUGACAUUUGACCAUUAACAGUGGGCCAUCAAAUGAUUGCAGCCGUCCGAUAAAUCGCCACUGAGCUGGCAUGGUCAUAGCAAUUAAAUUUUCUAUAUAUAAUAAUAUCUACAAGAACAAAACAACUCCUCAUUCCAUAACACAACCAUGGCCACCAAAUCUACCCUCUUCUUCGCCUUUCUCCUUUCCUUCUCUGCCAUAGCUUUCUCCGAUGAUCCGGAUUGCGUGUACACGGUGUAUAUCAGAACAGGGUCGAUCCUGAAAGCAGGGACGGACUCGGUGAUUACCGCCACACUCUACACGGCUGCCGGGGAUGGAAUCAGGAUUAUCGAUCUGGAGAAAUGGGGCGGGAUGAUGGGACCAGACUACAACUACUUCGAGAGGGGCAAUCUCGAUAUUUUCAGCGGAAGAGGUCCAUGCCUGAGCGGACCGGUGUGUUCGUUAAACCUGACCUCGGAUGGAUCGGGUCCACACCAUGGGUGGUACUGCAACUAUGUGGAGGUGACCACGACAGGGGUUCAUAGGUCGUGCGAUCAACAACUGUUCACGGUGGAGCAGUGGUUGGCUCUGGAUGCGCCGCCGUAUAGUCUGACCGCCAUCCAGAAUAACUGUCCCAGUGGGAGUGAGAGUCGCCGGGAUUUGAUCCGGUCAGGUGGCCCAAAUUUGGAAUUGAAGCAGGUGGUUUGAAUAUGAUGUAUGGAAUAAAACUGCUUUAUCACAAGGAAUGAUAAACAAAUGGGUUUGCAAUGAACAAUCAGAAAAGGAGAAAUAAUGAAGAAAAGACAGCAUUUAAUCUUAAUAAUAAUGAAAGUUGAUGUCGGCAAGGGGGACGUGGAGGGGACUUUGUCCGGAAGCGAUUUGUCUUCGCAUUGACCGAACAUGUUUUUGUUUUAUUAAAGUUAAACUUUAGUAAGAUAUGUAUUGGCAAA